CUUGCAGCUAAUAUAAAAGUUUUAGAGGUCUACUUUCUCCAUUCUUCAGGUUUAAAUUUCCCUCUGAAUCAAUCUCUUUAUUAUUCAUACCUAACCAAAGUAUCCAACCAUUUCAAGACGUGUUAGGGUUUCGUUUCCAUUUCGGCAUUUGUUUUUCUUUGGAGGGUCAAUUAGUUCAGCUUCUUAUAGACUCUUGUCGCUAAAAUUAGUAUACCAAUCUUUUCUGUAAGUACCAAAAAGAUAAAGAGAGAGGUCAGAAAAAGAGAGGGACAAAAAAAAAAAAAAAAUGGAUAGAGUAGAGAUAGAUAAGGAGCGAUUGACGGCGGAGAUGGCGUUUAAGGAUUCGUCCUCUGCCGUCAUCAAAAUUCGACAAGGGUUGCCGGAUUUUUUACAAUCCGUGAAGCUCAAGUACGUAAAAUUAGGCUAUGGGUACUCCUGCAAUUUAUCUACCAUUCUCAUGUUUGUUUUGAUUGUACCUUUGUCCAUAGCCACUCUGGUUCAGCUCACAGGUCUAAAACUCGAGCGGGUUCCAGAUUUAUUUUCGGACCAAAAGCUUCAGCUCAACAGCUUUGACGCAGCCACUCAAGUUGCUAUUUCAAUUACACUAGUAUUUCUCUUGGCCUUCUACUUAUCCAAGCGUUCCAGACCGGUUUACCUGGUGGAUUUCUCGUGUUACAAACCGGAAGAUGAACGUAAAAUGUCGAUGGAAUCAUUCUUGAAAAUGAGCGAAGAGAGUGGUGCCUUCGAAGAAGACACACUACAGUUUCAGAGGCGUAUAGCGAGCAGGUCGAGUGUUGGUGAUGAAACAUAUUUACCAAAAGGAAUAACAUCAAGACCACCAAAUCUUUGCAUGGAAGAAGCCCGGGCGGAGGCUGAAGCAGUCAUGUUCGGUGCACUGGAUUCGCUUUUUCACAAAACCGGUGUUAAACCCAGCGAUAUUGGAAUUCUUAUAGUCAACUGCAGCUUAUUCAACCCAACCCCUUCUCUCUCUUCCAUGAUAGUGAACCAUUACAAGCUCAGAACAGACAUCAAAAGCUACAAUCUUGGUGGCAUGGGAUGCAGUGCGGGUCUUAUAUCCAUCGAGCUAGCCAGAAACCUCCUAAAUGCAAACCCAAACACAUAUGCAAUCGUGGUAAGUACCGAGAACAUUACGUUAAAUUGGUAUUUCGGCAAUGACCGGUCCAUGUUGCUAUGCAAUUGUCUAUUCCGCAUGGGCGGUGCUGCCGUUCUUUUAUCAAACAAGGCUGAAGACCGGUCCCGGUCCAAGUACGAGCUGGUUCAUUUAGUUCGGACUCAUAAAGGUGCUGAUGAUAAAAAUUACAAUUGUGUUUAUCAAAGAGAGGAUGAUAAAGGAACCGUUGGUGUUUCACUUGCAAGAGAAUUAAUGGCCGUGGCUGGAGAUGCAUUAAAGACAAACAUAACUACACUGGGUCCUCUUGUCUUGCCACUGACAGAGCAAUUUAUGUUCUUUGUCACGCUUGUUCGUAAAAAGGUUUUCAAGGCCAAAGUCAAGCCUUAUAUACCUGAUUUUAAGCUGGCUUUUGAACAUUUUUGUAUACAUGCUGGUGGUAGAGCUGUUCUGGACGAGUUACAAAAGAAUUUGCAUCUCAGUGAUUGGCACAUGGAACCCUCAAGAAUGACUCUGCACAGAUUUGGCAACACAUCUAGUAGCUCAUUGUGGUAUGAGUUGGCUUAUACAGAGGCCAAGGGACGGGUUAAUGGUGGAGACAGGGUUUGGCAGAUUGCAUUCGGAUCGGGCUUUAAGUGUAACAGUGCUGUUUGGAGAUCGCUGAAAGGGGUUCCGGUGGGUGAGUGGCGGGGUAACCCGUGGGUUGACUCAAUUGACAGUUACCCAGUUAAGAUUCCUGUGGCUUGAAUGGCAACGUGUCAAUAAAUGAGAAAGUGACGUGGUUGUGCUGUGUGGCUUUUGUUUAGUAUUAUUCUUAAUCUAUCUACUAAAAAUAUUGGAAGGAGCUUCACUUUCUAAAACCAAAUGUAAAACUCCUGCCCAUUAAUUGGCGAAAUUAUUAGUAAGAAAUUAAAUUUAAA